UCUAGCAUUAUCUAUCAGCCGGAGUGACAGUUCAUUCGAAGCACCCCCUUUACAACACAAUCUAAGUUUAAACAGUGUCAGUUCUAUCAUAGGCGCACCACGAAAGAUCUUUAUGGCGUGAUUUAGCCAUUUUUAUUCGCGGCAUUGAAUUGCAGAUAAACAAAAGAGCACAAAGAGAAAGAUGACAUAUCUCCUAACGUGGGUUUUUCUAUUUAUUGGAUAUGCAUUGGAGACAGUGGUAUCGAAAAAUAUCGUUGACUUCGAAGAGCCGCGCGAGAAACGAAACGCUCAAACCAGGACAAUAAUUCAGACACUGCCUCCUAAAGUAGAUGACAGUUGGAAACGAAUCCACUUGACACCCCUCGAGAUUGCUACCAUAGCAGCCCUCUGUCUGCUGGUCGUUGGUGCAUUUCUAUUUUGCAUCUACAAAUAUUGCGUCUACUGCUGGCGGAACAAUAAAAGUCCCAGAAAAACGAUGCGCGUGCGAGAGGCAGACGAACGAGUAACAAGUCCUCGUUCCUUGGAAGAGGUCAAGCGUGAUCAUAGAGGAUGGGAUGACCGUCGGGGAAGCUCCACAUCAUUCGUCGGAUGGGAUGAUAGACGCGGAAGUUUACUUCCGGUCGGACGCUGGGAUGAUAGACGCGGAAGUUCGCCAUCUAUUGGAACCGGAAGUAAACAUGAUAGUCGAUCAGGAAGCACAGUAGGCUUGUUUGAAACUUCCGGGAGCAAUAGAUGGGCUUUCGCUUAACAACAAUUCACUCUCUCAACAGGAACCCUUUGCCGUGCGUUUUAUAACUUUUUCACCCGGGAAUUUUUAUUACAAGACUUGAUAAAAAAAAAUUAGUGCACAAAGCUUGAGGAUUUUUUCAUGCAUGAUCUGAUACAUAUGAUCAUUUACACGUUGUUGCUUUUUUAUUUAUUUGUUAUAAAGAUUUGUGUUUGGUCCUCUUUAACAUACUGUGAUUUAUUUUAGAACAUUUUCUCUGUUGAUUUAUCUUUUUCAAAGAAAGAGAUUAUGAUUUUUAAAAAAUUGCAAAAAUAGAUUUACUUUUGUUUUUAGAGUUGAAAUAUCAAACUAACGUUAUAUGAGCAGUGAUGUUAUUUAGGUACCCAGUGGCCAAUAACAAAAUGUGCGGAUCCACGGUGGGGAGAGGGAGUCGGGGGUGUCCGAAGAGUCCGAGCCCCCUUAAUCUUUGUAAAAUUCACACUUCAUAAAUUCAAACUGUAGUAAAAACACAAAAAAUAUCUCUUGACCCCCCCCCCCACACACACACUUUCCUCUUUGAAAACUUUUCUAUAUCCGCGAAUGAACACUCGUUUUUGUAUUGAUUUUAAAUAUUUACACGUACUUACUUUUUCUAUUUAAAAGUUUAAUGCCAAACCGUCAAGAUCUUUUAAAUUGAUCUUAUGCCAAUAGACAUGAUAAAGUUAUUUGACUGUCAAAACUGUAAUGCAUUGCAAAUCGAAAUUGUUUUCUUCGGAUCAAACUUUUGCUAUUUGUUUAAUAAAAAUUUGACAAAGUUUUCAA